AUGUAUACUAAAAGGAAAAAGUUACAGCAACAUGAUGUUAUUUAUAAUGAUAAGGUCAGAAAUGAUAGACCUAAAAGAGGUUAUUAUUCUGAAUUGGUGGCAGACAUGUCGAGGGGAGACCAUUCAAAAUCGGUUUGUGCAAAAAAACGGAUGAAACUCAUAUUACAGAGCAAGACUGAAAAACUUGCACCGACAUUGGUGUCUUUGCCGAAACCUCAGAGAGUGAAGAUAUUGUUGCCUCCUGGGCGGUGGACUACUUAUAGAGAGGAUGAAAGUAUUCAAUUCCCAUUCGAAACGUUUGUGCCCAAACUUCAGUUCCUAAGUAUUGUGCUGCCCAAGGAACUGCCUCGACUAGUCAAAAUUGAGCGGCUGCGCAGGAAAUUUCUCGCUGCUAAUAUAAAGAAAAGGCUUCGUGAGCUUGGCAUACAGCCAUACGAGUUACUACCGAUAGAAGAGUACCGAGUGGAUAGUCAAGAGCUCUACAGCCUAUAUAGCCCGUUCCCCAAGCUUGACCUUGAAAUUUUUGACAACACUGACUUCGACUGUCGUGUACCUGACGAAUGGAUGUCAUUAGGUAUGAUAGAGGGAGAGCUACAUCCUUGUCCGGGUCUGGCUUUCAUCCCCAAAAGUGAAUUAAGAUGUAUGAGUGGGGAUUACAUACAUCAACUAAACAAUUUUUACGAGUGGACGAAUGUUGCAGCUUUAAAUUAUGAUCACAAGACUGAAAAGUGGAGCAUCAUGACCUUAGACGGGACGAAGCGACGAUAUUUAAUACCACGCAUCCGGCUUAUGUUCAAAGCAGAUGAUCCGGAAACCUUUGCUAUGCGGAUCAAGUUUGCGGUAGAUUUCAGGAAAGAAAUCGAGAAUAAUUUACGGUUCUACUUAUAUUUGGAUUGUUUAAUGCUAAACGCAUUGCCGAAUAUUCCUGAACACUUCAUGAGCAAGAUUAUGAAGAUGGUACUAAUCUACCGUCAGUCAAAAGAAGCCCCAGAACUGCUCGUUUCCGUACUUAAAAAAGAGGUGCUAAAUUUGUAUCAGAAGAUGGAAGGAAAAAUGCAAAUUAUUUACACCAUACAGAAGUAUCCAAAUUUAUACAACUUUAUAGGUGUGCCAACUAAAGACUAUUUGCCUCUUGUACCAGCUUAUGGCAGGUACCCAUGUGUGAUGGAAAACUUUAAUGCACGUGUGGCGCAUAAUAAAUGGUACUCUUUGUACGUACCGAUAGAAUCGGUCGCGUGCAUUCACCUUGUCAUUGAAGAGUGUCUAAAGGUGGAGUCCAUGUUAUUCUUCACGGCUAACUACGGCAGGAACGUGAGUCUGGCAGAGUUCGAUGCAGCGCAACAACACAGCACAAGCAUGAUGUUGAAAUAUUUGACGAUAACCUGGCUAGGAAAUACUGCUCAUUCGAUACGGAUGUCAUUCCGAGACGUGGGCAAAGGGUGGUUCAACAUAUAUGAAAAGCAGUGGCAGUAUUAUAGUGUGAGCAAGAUUUCAAGAUUUAUGCAACUUGUAAGAUUUCGUAUGCAGUACGCCCUCCGCUAUUGCAUCGAGCAGUCCAUGGCGAUGUUUGUGAACAUGUGCGAGACGCCGUGCUUAUGCACUUAUGAUUGCCAAGACGACUUCGAGUGGAAUUCCAACGACCUCAUAAACUCGCCUUUCCGUUCCGUCAUAACGCUGUUCUAUUUCCAUCUCUUGAUGUCUGAUGAUGGGCCUUACUACACCACAGAUCCGGCACAAUUUGAGGUAGUGAUCCAGCGGCUUUUUCGUGAGAUGCUGUACCGGAGUCAUUCCAUAAAGCAAGUACACCCCAUGAUCUUGACUGGAAUAGUUUUCGAUAAGGACUUGUACCUCACAUCAAUCGGUUUAAAUGAGCCGAACGUGGCAGAAUACAGGGAGAGACUCCUUAAAGCGUAUAGAAAGGCUAUUAUUCCGCUGAAGGCGUACUUGCGACAGUACAGAGAGUACAGGGACAUCUACAAGCUAGAUAUUGAAUCCUACGUCCAGAAUUUUCGUGAAGAAAUGCACUCUCACACAGAAACUAGAGCCGAGAUUCAGGCUCACUAUGACGCUAAGCAGCUACUCAUUGAGCGUUUACCUCAGUAUAUUAAUAUCGGACCUUUCGCAGUUAACGUUGACUCGCUUAAGCAACAACUUGUAACAAAACGGUCGGAUAUAAUGAAGGCUUUGCUUGUGAUGUGGUGCGAGGAGGCACGUCUUGUGGUCGAUGACGUUAUAGAGGCUUACAAGGCUAUUAUGCGAAAGUUAGGAGAGAAACCCCACACUAUAGAGCACGUGUUUGAGAUAAGAGAGUGGAUGGAAUCAAUACCGUUUGCAUUAAAGACGCAAGACGACAUUAUGAAGAAAGUACACACGAACUAUGAAGUGCUCGAAGUGUUUUUCUAUGCUAUGGACAACGAUGACUUUAAAGCGCUAUGGGAAGCUAUAGGCUGGCCGUUAAAUAUUAACAAACAGGUGGAAGCCACUAUCCUGUUUCUAGAAGAAGAACAGGAGAAGUUUUGGAAACUGCACCAACAGGAUGAACAAGUUCUGUACGACAAGAUAGAUUUAUUCUCCCAGCAAUGCAUGAACCUCAGUCUGCAGUACGACUUCUAUAAGGUGCAUGAAAUAGCCAACGAUAUAAAGAAAGCGUGGAAAGCCAUGAAGGACUCCCAAGAAUGGGGUCGUGUCCUUAACGCGCGUCAGAAGCUAUUUGGACAGCCCAUUGUCCCUUUUACCGAACUUAAUAAACUGGUUAAGGAGUUUGAACCCUACAGGAACCUAUGGGUUACAGCUUCAGACUUCCUGAAAUCUCGCGAGAUAUGGCUAGACAAUCCAUUAAUAUACGUAGACGCUGAUUCAAUAGAGCCAACAACCAAUGAGUACUAUAAGACUAUCAUCAAAUGUAUCCGUACGUUCGCGGACUUGCCCAAAGUCCAGAAUGUCGGUAAUGUCAUAAGGAAUGCUAUAGAUGAGUUUAGACCUUUGAUUCCAAUAAUCCAAGCUGUGAGGAACCCGGGCAUGAAAGAGAGACACUGGAACGAGUUUAUGGAGAAAUCUGGUAUAACGGUGACUAUGAACGAAAAGCAAACCUUCCAAAUGUGUAUUAAGCAAGGCGUUGCGCAGCACGGGGAACUGAUCGCCGAGAUCGGUGAGCUCGCCACCAAGGAAUACGUCAUCGAACAGUCCCUCGACAAAAUGUUAAGCGAAUGGGCCAACAAGUCUUUCGAAUUGACGCCUUACAAAAAUAGCGGUACACACAUUAUGAAGAUAGCUGACGAGACCUUGCAAUUGUUGGAUGAGCAUCUCCUAGGCACCCAACAAUUAGGGUUCAGCCCGUUCAAGGCGGCGUUCGAACUGCGCAUCCAGGAGUGGGACGACAAACUACAUCUCACCCAAAAAGUGGUCGAGGAAUGGAUCGAGUGCCAGAAAGAAUGGAUGUACUUGGAACCGAUCUUUGGUUCGGAGGAUAUAUCUCGACAGCUGCCUUCAGAAGCAAAGAAGUAUGGCACCAUGGAAAGAAUCUGGCGACGAAUUAUGUCGUCGGCUGUGGCUUGUCCUAAGAUAAUGGUAAUAUGUCCCGACAGUCGUCUCUUGGAUAGUUUGGUGGAGGCACGGCAUCUCCUAGACGUGGUGUACCGAGGCCUGUACUGUUACAUGGAACUGAAGCGGCUACGCUUCCCGCGGUUCUUCUUCCUUAGCGACGACGAACUACUCGAGAUUUUGUCGCAGUCGCGUAACCCUCGCGCCGUGCAGCCACAUCUCAGGAAGUGCUUCGAGAACAUAGCCAAGGUGACAUUCCAACCGGACCUGAAGAUAACCCACAUGCACUCGAGCGAGGGAGAAAUCGUAGAGCUGAGGUAUCAAUUUUACCCUUCGGCUAACGUGGAACAGUGGCUACUACUGUUAGAAGAUACUAUGAGAAAUACCAUUCGUCUCACGCUUAUUGAUGGUCUGGAGGAACUGUGGCAAAUACCCCGCGCGGCGUGGGUUCUGCGUUGGCCGGGACAGGUGGUGAUAGCAGGGUCACAGACGGCCUGGACGGCGGGUGUGGAGAACUCCAUACUAGAGUAUCGCGUGGAAGAAUACUUUGAUGAAAUGUUACAACAGCUGGAAAGUCUCCGCGCCCUGGUCAAAAGUGAUCUGACGUUUUUCCAGCGCGAAGUAUUAUGCGCUCUCAUCGUUAUCGAAGUACAUGCGCGUGAUGUUACAGACACUCUCGUUAACGAGAACGUGCGCAACGUGUCAGACUUCCAAUGGAUCUGUCAGCUCAGAUACUACUCGAAUGUAAAGCCUAUGUAUCCCUUGGAGCCGGGUGAACUGCCUGAGAUCUACCAAGACGAGACGCACCUGAACACGUCCGCUUACUACCGUCAGUUCAGUCAGAACACAUGUGACGUGCGCGCUCUCAACUCUGUGUUUACGUACCAGAAUGAGUACUUGGGUAACAGUGGUCGUCUAGUGAUAACACCGCUGACAGACCGCUGUUACCUGACACUGAUGUGCGCGAUGCACCUCAAGUUUGGAGGGGCCCCGGCCGGGCCCGCGGGUACCGGCAAGACUGAGACUACCAAGGAUUUGGCGAAAGCUCUAGCAGUACAAUGUGUUGUGUUCAACUGUUCUGAUCAGCUAGACUUUAUGGCUAUGGGCAAGUUCUUCAAAGGACUAGCAGCAUCUGGUGCAUGGGCGUGCUUUGACGAAUUCAACAGAAUUGAUAUUGAAGUGCUUUCCGUUGUAGCACAACAGGUGGUGACCAUUCAAAAAGCGCAAAUCGCCCGUCAGGAUAGGUUUAUGUUUGAAGGCGUGGACUUGCCACUGAAGGCUUCCUGCUCCGUUUUUAUUACUAUGAACCCUGGAUAUGCUGGUCGUACAGAAUUGCCAGACAACCUAAAAGCGCUAUUUCGACCUAUUGCCAUGAUGGUACCGGACUAUGCGCUGAUAGCAGAAAUCUCGUUGUUCUCCUUCGGGUUCGGUGAGGCCAAGAUCCUGGCUGGCAAGAUUACUACCACUUUCAGGCUUAGCUCUGAACAGCUAUCUGCACAGGACCACUAUGACUUCGGGAUGCGUGCCGUUAAGACUGUCAUCACGGUGGCCGGGAACCUCAUCCGUCAGAUGCCCGACGGAGACGAGAGGCAGAUCGUACUCAGGGCUUUAAGAGACGUCAACGUUCCCAAGUUCUUAGCUGACGACUUAUUGUUAUUUAAUGGAAUCAUAUCGGACUUAUUCCCACGCGUGGAAAUCCCCGUAGUGGACUACGGUAUUAUGGAGCAAUCAAUCAGAAAUACGCUCGUCAAAAGAGGCUACGAUGACCUCUAUACAUUCAUAUUCAAAGUAAUACAACUAUACGAGACGACGGUGGUGCGACACGGACUCAUGUUGGUGGGACCUGCGGGCGCUGGUAAAACUAAGUGUUACGAAGUACUCCGUGAUGCGCUUACGGCCAUCAAAGGUAAAUUGGCUCCGGAUGGGUUCCCCUUCACGCCGGUACAUACGUUCGUUGUCAAUCCAAAAUCCAUCACCAUGGGACAACUGUAUGGAGAGUUUGACCUGCAAACGCACGAGUGGACGGAUGGAAUUCUAUCAAGCUUGGUCCGAGCUGGUAUAGCAGUUGAAGACAUGGACAAGCGCUGGUACGUCUUCGAUGGACCCGUUGACGCCGUGUGGAUUGAAAACAUGAAUACUGUAUUAGACGACAACAAGAAAUUAUGCUUAUCUAGCGGUGAGAUUAUGAAGUUAACUGAGCGACAACGCAUGAUCUUCGAGGUGGCGGACCUGGCCGUGGCCUCCCCCGCCACUGUGUCGCGCUGCGGUAUGGUCUACUUGGACACACAAGUCGUGGGCCUACGACCCUUAGUCAACGCAUGGCUCAGGAGCAACCUGCCCUCUUUAGCAGAUAACAUACGAAAGCCUCUACCUGGUCUGAUAAAUACGUAUUUAUAUCCUGCCUUGGAGUUGUUACGCGAACGUCUCACUGAGAUCGUGGUAUCCAUCGACUCUUCCUUGGUGCUGAAGUUUCUCGAGCUGCUGGACUUCAGGCUGAGGCCGCUAACGGGGAAAGAUGACAGACCACUUCCAGGACCACAAUUCCUCGCUCUUAUGCCUCGCCUUGUUCCCCUAUGGGUGGUGUGGUCAGUGAUUUGGUCGGUAGGCGCAACAUGCGACCACAACGGCCGCGCAAUAUUCUCCGACUUUAUACGUCAGAAAACCACAGAGGCUGGCCUGAAACCUCCUUUCCCCGCGAAGGGCAGGGUCUACGAUUAUACUCUCCAUGAUGGUGGCUUCACCGACCUGACAGACGAUGGCGAGCCGGCUACUCCCUACUGGUACAACUGGAUGGCCAAUAUGGAGGAUUACGUGGUGGACCCAGAAUGGCAAUAUGCGGAUAUUGAAGUUCCAACUUUGGACAACGUUCGCAGUGCUGCAAUCCUGGGUUUUAAAAUACAAAACUGGAACCAUGUCAUAUGUGUGGGACCCACCGGCACGGGCAAGACUGUCACCAUUCAUUCCAAACUAGCACACGGAUUACAUAAGAAGUUCAUAUGCGAGUUCCUGGUGUUUUCAGCGAGGACCUCUGCAAAUCAGACGCAGGACGUAAUAGACAGCAAGCUGGAACGUCGCCGGCGAGGAGUGUUCGGUCCUCCUCCCACUAAACGACAAGUUUUCUUUAUCGACGACCUCAACAUGCCCGCACUAGAGGUUUAUGGUGCGCAGCCGCCUAUCGAAUUGCUCAGACAAUUUAUGGACUUCUCCGGCUGGUACGACAGACAAAAUAUCGGUGAGUUCAGAACGCUGGUGGACGUAGGCAUCGUGGCGGCGAUGGGCCCCCCGGGUGGGGGCCGCAACCCUGUCACCAUGAGGCUCAUGAGGCACUUUCAUUACAUCUCCUUCACUGAAAUGGAAUAUUCUAGCAAGUACGCCAUCUUCAGCGUGAUCCUCAAGUCUUGGAUACGCAAUAUCAACCCUAAAGUGAUAGUACGUGAAGCUCCGUUUCUGACGGCUUCCCUCGACAUAUUCACGCAGCUGGUGGAGGAGCUGCUGCCUACGCCUGUCAAGUCGCACUAUACCUUUAACCUGAGAGACCUCAGCAAGGUGUUUCAGGGAAUUCUGAUGGUAGACCCGCAACUAAUAUUGGAUGAGAACGACGUGAUCCGUCUGUGGUACCACGAGCAUCAACGUGUGUACCAAGACCGGCUCGUUAACGAUGAAGACCGGCAGUGGUUUAAAAGUUUACUAGAUAAGAAAAUUCGUACGGAUUUCGGCAAAAAGCCAGUCGAUGUGACUGGAGGACGCCUGAUGCUGUUCGGAGACUUCAUGGACAUUGGUGCUGAGGAUAGAAAGUACAUCGAAAUCAAUGACCGGGAGGAGCUGUACGAGAUCCUAGGCCAUUAUAAAAACGACUACAACUUGUCAACAACGGUACCGUUAGACCUGGUAUUGUUCGACGAUGCCAUAGCACAUUUGUGUCGAAUUGCGCGCAUCAUGCGACAACCCAUGGCGAAUGCACUGCUGCUGGGCAUGGGCGGGUCUGGUCGACAGUCGCUAUCUCGCCUGGCUGCCAGCAUGGCAGAACUGACAUGUAUUCAGAUUGAAAUCACAAAGGUGUACGGUCAGCAAGAAUGGCGCGAUGAUCUUAAGCAAACAAUGUUAAAGGCAGGAGCUGAUAAUAGAGGCAUCGUUUUCCUAUUCUCUGAUGCACAGAUUAAAAUGGAAUCCUUCCUCGAAGAUCUGAACAACAUCUUAAGUUCUGGGGAUGUUCCUAACAUAUACGAAGCUGAAGACUUCGACAAAAUCUAUCAAUCUGUCCGGCACGUUGUAAUGGAGUUGAACAUGGUCGCUACCAAGACGAACUUAUUCUCGUGUUACCAACGCAGAGUACGCAGUAAUCUACACAUUGUUAUUGUUAUGAGUCCUAUUGGUGAGAUAUUCCGCGCCCGCCUGCGCCAGUUCCCAUCGCUAGUGAACUGCUGCACAAUAGAUUGGUUCAGCGAGUGGCCCAAGACAGCCCUGGAGUCAGUCGCGAAACAUUUCUUCACUGGCAUGGGAGAGCUUCAGUCAGCGUCAAAUGAAGUUAUAGACGCUAUGGUGUCGGUAUGUUGCUUCGUACACCAAUCAGUUGUGGAUGCGAGCCAGAAGUUCGAGCAUCAACUUAACAGAAUCAACUACGUCACGCCCAUGUCCUACAUGUCGAUGCUAAAUGCGUAUUCUGAAAUGUUCACAAAGAAACAGAAGUCUAUACUCAACGAGUCCACUGCUCUUAAAACUGGUCUACACAAGUUAAAUCAAACAGAAAUAGAGGUGAAAGAACUGCAAAUAGAAUUAGCUGAAUUAAAACCCCUGAUGGAGCAAGCUGCAGAGGAAACAAGGAAAGUUAUCGAACAGAUAGCUAUUGACACUGCAAUCGCAGAACAAGCUCGAGCUAAAGUGGAAGAAGAACAACAGAUUGCUGAACAAAUGGCCACUUUAACCACCGCGAUGGCUGAAGACGCCAUGAGAGAUUUAGAGGAGGCGAUGCCAGCCCUAAGAGCAGCCGAGAAAGCUUUGAAAGAGUUGAACCGUAAUGACAUAGUGGAAGUGAAAGCGAUGAAGAAACCCCCUCAGGGAGUCGUGCUUGUCAUAGAAUCGCUAUGUGUCGUGUUCGAUAUCAAACCCGUUAAGGAAGCUGGUGCAAAUUAUGGCGAGAAAGUAUUAAACUAUUGGAAGCCGGGAUCAUUGAUGCUAUCAGACCCCGGCGCGUUCCUUGAUUCUCUAAUGAACUUCGACAAAGAAUCUAUCACAGAAGAUAUGAUCAAGAAACUCAAGAGGUUCAUCAUCAACCCUGACUAUGAUCCCGCAAAGAUUAUCAAGGUGUCAAAAGCGUGUCAGUCGCUGUGUAUGUGGGUUCACGCCAUGUACAAGUUCUACCACGUGAACAAGGCUGUUAAGCCCAAGAAGGAAGCACUGGAAAAGGCUCAACAAGGUCUUGCUGCUGUUGAAGCAAUGCUAGCUAACGCAAAGGCCAAGAUGCAAGAAUUGCUGGAGGGCAUCGCCAAGCUAAAUGAGUAUUUGGCGGAGAAGGAGGAAGAGAAACGCAAGAUGGAGGAAGAUAUAAAUCUAUGCUUAGCGAGGAUGGAUCGUGCCAAUCGGUUAUUAAACGGCCUGUCAAGUGAGCGUGUGAGAUGGAUAAAAACCAUCAAGGAGUUAGACAUAGCUAUCGUCAACCUCAUUGGAGACAUACAGCUCAGUGCAUGUGCUGUGGGGUAUAUAACACCGUUUACAGACGAGUUCAGAAGAGAACUACUCGCUGAAUGGAUGCAGCAUAUUGAGGCAGUGAACGUGCCCCAUACGCCUGGUGCUACUCCGCUGACUACGCUGGGGGACGCGGUCCAGAUCAGACAAUGGCAAAUGUACGGUCUCCCGCGGGACUUAAUGUCUGUUGAGUCUGCCGUGCUCAUGUUUAACUCGCGACGCUGGCCGCUAAUCAUCGACCCGCAGACGCAAGCGAACAAAUGGAUAAGGGCUAUGGGCAAACUGGAUGGACUAAUAGUAUGUAAGCCGAAUGACCGAGAUUUGCUUCGUAGCUUUGAGUCAGCACUAAGGUUUGGAAAACCAUUGCUGCUGGAGAAUAUCGGUCAAGAACUGGAUCCUGCUUUAGAUCCUGUGCUGAAGCGCCAAUAUUUCCGUCAAGCUGGACAGUUAGUGCUAAAAUUUGGUGAUUCCCUGAUUCCGUUUGUUGCCGGCUUUCGUCUGUUCAUGACGACUAAGCUGCCGAACCCUAAAUACACCCCGGAGACCUCCGUGAAAGUGCAAAUUGUUAACUUUGCUCUAGUGCCAAGCGGUCUAACGGAGCAGCUGCUGUCGAUAGUGGUUGCGCAGGAGCGGCCGGACCUGGAGGAGCUCCGCGGGCAGCUCAUCGUGUCGCGCGCGCAGAUGGCGGCGCAGCUGGCGGAGAUGCAGGCCGACAUCUUGUAUGGCCUGUCCAACAGCCAGGGCUCGCCCGUCGACGACUUGCCGCUCAUACUGACGCUGGAGGCCAUCAAGAUCAAGAGUGCUGAGAUUUUGAUCAAAGUCGAGGACAUUGAACGUACGACGGCAGAGAUCGACGCCGCCCGUGAGGACUACGUACCGGUUGCUAAUCGGGGGCAAAUUCUGUUCUUCUGUCUAUCAGACAUGGCUCACGUGGACCCCAUGUAUCAGUAUUCUCUCGAGUGGUUUGUGAAACUUUUCAUUCGAUCUAUGGCGGAGACCGAGGCUCAUGAGGAGAUAAUAGAGCGCGUGGAGAUCAUAAUAGAGUACUUCACGUUUCUGCUGUACUCGAAUGUGUGCCGCAGUCUUUUCGAGCGUCACAAGCUCCUGUUCGCGUUCCUGCUUUGUGUCAGAAUUCUGCUCGAUAAGGGCAUCGUUAAGUUUUCGGAGUUCAACUUUCUAUUGACCGGAGGGAAAAUUGAAGAAGAAAUUCCGAAUCCUGAUCCAAAGUGGAUUACGGAUCGAAUUUGGAUCGAGAUCCAGCAGUUGAACAGCUCCGUGCCGACUAUGAGUUCUUUCAUGAAUGACUUCAUGUACAGAAAUCCAAAGUUUUACAGGAACUUAUAUGAAUCAAACAUACCGCACAAGUUAACCUACCCGAGAGAUAGUCAGUUCGACAUUUUCCAAAAGUUGCUGAUCCUAAAGUGUAUACGUCCCGACAAGCUGAUACCUGCCUUACAGGACUAUGUGGUGCUGGGUAUGGGCGCCAGGUUCGUGGAGCCGCAGCCGGCAGACCUGGCCGCGCUUUACGCUGAAUCAGACCCCCUCGCACCCAUCAUCUUUGUGUUAUCCACGGGCACUGACCCCGCAGCUGAUCUGAUGAAAUUCGCUGAAAAGAUGAAGAUGGGCAAACGCUUUGAGAGCAUCUCAUUGGGUCAAGGUCAAGGUCCAUUAGCUGAAAAUAUGAUGAGGAUUGGCUGUGACUUCGGAAACUGGGUUUUCUUCCAGAAUUGUCACCUGUCCCCGUCGUGGAUGCCGGUGCUGGAGCUGAACGUCGAGCACAUUGCUCCGGAGCUGGUGCACAAAGACUUCCGCCUCUGGCUUACCUCCACACCUUCGCCGUUCUUCCCUGUCGCGUUACUGCAGAAUGGUUACAAGAUGACAGUGGAGCCCCCAAGGGGCAUAAAAGCUAACUUGUUGAAGGCGUACAUGAACCAAGUGCCAGAUUUUACGGACUAUUUUAAUUCUGCCGACGCUAAAGUACCUAAUUUUAAGUGGCUAUUGUUCUCCCUCUGCCUGUUCCACGGGGUUGUUCUGGAACGUCGCAAAUUCGGACCUUUGGGUUUCAACAUUCCUUACGAGUUCACCGACGGGGACUUGCGCAUCUGCAUGUCUCAGCUACACAUGUUUUUAAAUGAAUAUACAGAAGUACCUUUGAGAAUGCUGACAUACACUGCUGGUCACAUCAACUACGGUGGGCGUGUAACGGACGACUGGGACCGGCGGUGUCUGCUAAACCUACUGGUCGACUAUUACUCAUCCUCCGUGCUCCACGAACGCUAUAUUUUUGACGAGUCAGGAGCUUACAAGCAGAAACCAGCAUCGACAACUAUUGAGGAUUACACGAAGUACAUCCGUGGGUUGCCCCUGAACGAUGAUCCGUCACUAUUCGGGCUUCACGCCAAUGCUAACAUCAGCUACGCCAUGUUCGAGACUGAAGCCUGCCUCAGUACACUGCUCAACCUACAGCCAAAAGAGGCGGCUGGAGAAGGUGGCGCCACUAUCGAAGAGAUUAUUGAGGAUGCCGCUAAAGAUAUUUUGGAAGACUUACCUGAACCGCUAGAUAUACAUCACAUCAGUAUCACGUAUCCUGUAUCUUACAAGGAAUCUCUGAAUACGGUGCUUCUUCAGGAAUCAAUGAGAUACAAUCGACUACUCGGUGUCAUUAAAAGCUCUUUGAGGGAUCUAUUGAAAGCGCUUAAAGGUCUGGUGGUGUUGUCCGAGGCUCUAGAGAACAUGGGAGACAGCUUGUCCAAAAACGCCGUGCCUGUCAUGUGGAGCUCUAAAGCCUAUCCAUCCCUGAAACCACUGGCUUCUUGGACAAAAGAUCUUACUUUGCGCGUCAACUUCAUGCAAGAGUGGGCAAACACGGGCAUCCCCAAGGUGUUCUGGAUCUCAGGGUUCUACUUCCCGCAGGCCUUCCUCACUGGAGCUCUUCAGAACUAUGCCAGAAAACACGUUAUUGCCAUUGAUACAGUGGCAUAUGCCUUCGAGGAGUUAACGAACGCACCCUCGAAGAAACCAGAAGACGGAUGUUGCGUUCGCGGUCUGUUUUUAGAAGGCGCGCGAUUUAACCUGUCUGAUAUGUCUUUGGAGGAGAGUAGACCUAAGGAACUGUACAUGGAAAUGCCAAUAAUCUACAUGAAGCCAGAACAAGGCCACAAGUUGAAGGAGGGCCUGUACGAGUGCCCCACGUACAAGACGUUGCUGCGAGCCGGCACGCUGUCCACGACAGGCCACUCCACCAACUACGUGAUGACCAUCGAGCUGCCGACGCACAAACCGCAGUCCCAUUGGAUCAAGCGCGGCGUCGCUCUCUUCUGUGCACUCAAUUAUUAA